GCGUUUUAGUGUUGCUGAGCCUGCUCGGUGGGGAGCGGCCGGGCCGAGCCGGACCAGACUUGAACUAGACAGCGCCCGGAGCAUCGUCGUGUCCUCGCUCACUCCGCUCGCUUCCCGAGGUUGCCCCGCACCCCGUCUCGAUCCGCAUCAAGGGCCUACAGGAGCGAGUGGCUGGCGCCCGCGCCGGGUUUGGGCAUCUCCGCGCGCCGGCUCCGUCUUAGCCUCGGGGGAACCUUGUCGCGUUCGCUAGCCGUGGGGCCGGCCGGCCGGGCGGGCGGGAGAGGGUCGGCACAGUAGGGGCCUGGGCGGCGAGAGUCCCAGGAGCGGUCGCAGUGGCCUGCCGGGGGUCCCGCCAUCGCUGUGUGGGCCCGGUCGGCUCCUGGCGCUCCUGGGCGCUGGCAGCGUCACCGGACAAAGGGCCCCGAGCGCGGGGGUGUCCCCAAGGCGGACGCGCGGGCUCACUUCCUCCCUGGCCCCGCGCUUCCCUCUUGGCAGAUUCUGAAACCCGCCCUCCCGGCGUCACCGCACCAGUGGCCCCGGGCUGCGUGGGACCAACAGGGCUAAUCCUGCCCUCGGAUCUAAUCCGGAUCGGGACCCGAUCCCAGGGGAGGCCCGGUCCUUCCCUGCUAUUGUUCUGGGGCCCAGGUGAGCGCCUCGUUCCCACUGGACUCGGUUUCACUGUCUCCCAGGUCCGCCUCCUGGGACGUAGGAUGGGCGGGUUCUGGAUUGGCCCUAGGGCGAGUGACCUGGGGGCAGGAGCCCCACUCCAACGGCUGGACAGCGGGCAACGGAAUCCCAAAAGCAGCUGUUGUCUCCAGAGCAUUCCAGCUGCGCUUGGAUUUCGUUCCCUGCUUUCCUGCCUGAGCAGCGCCCAGGCCCAGGUUGGGUAGCCCCCGACACCCCCCAGACACACCGCGCUGGGGGGCCCUGGUCUCCGUCCGUCUCUCGGGUGCGGGCUAGAAGCGGGAGAGCUGGGGCUGGGGCCUCCGGUUAGGCCUUGCAAGGAAGAGGGAUGAGUGAGUGGCCCUGGUGAGUCCCCCAGGGCCGCCUCAGCCCGCAGCUCACUAAAGAUAGCCCUCCACUUCCUGGGGAGAAACCACCCCAACCGUCUUUGUGGACGGAGAGUAACUGAAGUCCCCGGUUCGAUCCUGGGCCCCCAGCCUCGCCGGUCGCUGCCUGUGAGUCGUGAGCUCUCGGCAUGGAAAGCGCUUUGGAAUGACACGAUCACUCCCGUUGAGUGGGCACCCAGGAAGCCAUCGGGAAUGUCGUGUCCGCCCAGUGCUCUUUCGGCGCCUCUCAGCAGGGCCUGACCGCCCGGCCCUUGAGGAAGGAGCCUUGCCCGGCCUUUCCUGCCCAGGGGCCCCAGCUCUGCGAGGGAGAGGGAUUCAAUCCUCAGAGCGCAGAGGGUGUGGGCGGUGGGGUCGCCAGCACUCUAUUGGACCUGCACUCUAUUGAAGUGAGCACAUGUGGGAACCCUGGCUGGAGGAGGUGUGGCCGGGGCCUUUUAUGGUCACAUUGGCCCCUCAUGGCUCGGUGCCCAAAAUAGGAAGCCCCAGGUUCUGUGAACAACACCGGGCUGAAGGGGAAACGCGGAGAGCUGGUGGUUCCGGAAACCAUCACGAUGGUUCCGAUUCCUCAGGUAGCCAUCUUCCCGGACCGGGCGGUUACUGGUAAUGAAGACCACCAGUGUCACGUGAAGAAGCCUUCUAACUAGCUUGAAACCGCGAAUCACAAACUUCUUUUUAAAAAGAAUUUUUGUUAAAUAGGUGCCUUAUUCUAAUGGCAACUCAUCUGGUACUUUCUGACGUCUUAAUCACGUGUAAAAUGGGGGGAAUGAAGCGUUAUUAUAACAACACGAAUAACUUGGGGAUUCGAUGGGGAAGCCCGGAGCCCCACUCGCUGGCGAGGAUUCCUUCCGUGGCUGCUAACGCGCGGAGACCCCGGGAUGUCGCAGCGCAGCCAGGCAGGGCGGAGGGCGCGCUGGGCGGCUUCUCGAGGAGCGCACCUGUCCGUGGGGCGUCGCCAGGCCCCGCCCAGUCAGGCACGCCCUCCCCGGAAGUUCCACCUCCCUGCACCCGCCUUCCGGUUCCGCUCACGACUUCCGGUCACCAUGGCGACGGAGCGCCUUGGUGUCGGGGAGACGCUGGGGGCUCUAAACGCGGCGCUGGGGCCCGGCGGCCCGGUGUGGUUCAAGGAGACGCACGCCCGGCACCUGCGUGCCCGCGACUUCCUGGUGCCGCGGCGCGCUCUGCAGGCGCGUUUCGAGGACGGGCAGGUUCCCGAGCACGUGUUCCGGGCUGUCUCCGGCCUGCAGGGCCCUGGUAUAGCCCCGGUGCGGGCCUGCGCGCUGACCCCCGCGGGCCUGGCGCUGCAGCUGCAGCGGCCCGUCGUCUUCGAGCGGGUUCUCGGCGCUGUGGCCGCCUACGCCUCGCCCGCCUCGACGGGCCCGCGCGUCGUCCUCCAUUGCCCGGCUCUGCGCGGCGCCCCAGGCGCGCUCCGCCUCAGCCAGCUGCGUGCGGUGCUCGUGGCGGAUCACCUGGCGCGAGCACUGCGUGCCCAAGGGGUGUGUGCGCGCCGGGUGCCUGGCGUGCGGGACCCGCACAUGCUGACUUUCCUGCAGCAGCUGCGGGUGGACUGGCCUGCAGCCUCGCCGACUCCCCCCUCGACCGGAACCCUGCGGAGCCGCGCCUUGGCAGAGCUUAGCCCUGCUCGGGACGCGGGGACGCUGCCCCCCGGCGUCCUGGGCAGGCUGUCCCUGAAGGAGCUGGUGGAGGAACAGGGCCGCGCCGCUGGCUAUGACCCCAACCUGGACAGCUGUCUGCUGACGGAGGACCUGCUGUCGGCGCUGGCUGAGCUGCAGGAGGCCGUGCGGCACUGGCCUGAGGACAGCCCCCCAAGCCCCGUGGGCCUCGGGCAAAGCGGGGCGUGCGGCACUGAUGGGCCUCUCCCUUCCAAGGCCGCAGCCCCAGGUGCUGGCGCCGACGGCUGCGUGGUUGUGCACGUGCUGAGCUGCGAGGAUGAGUUCCAGCAACAGAAACUGGACCUGCUUUGGUGGAAGCUGGAUGACCAGGCUCCUCUCAGACAGAAGCACCUGGUCUGCGGCCCUGUGAGAGCAGUGGGUGCUGCGAUGACUGCCCCCGAGUACUACGAGUCCCGCCAUGCCCAGGUGUGCAAGGCCUCAGCACUGAAGCGUGGUGGGGACCCGGCCCAAGACCCAGCCUGGACAGAGAUCGCUGGGGUUCUCUCUGUGGCCACCAUCAAGUUUGAGAUGCUGAGCACAGCUCCACGGAGUCAGCUCCUCCUGGCUCCGGCAGACAGCAGUAUCUCCACAAAAGGCACAAAAAGUGGGAUCUUCGUCAUGUACAACUGUGCCCGUCUCGCCACGCUCUUUGAGAGCUAUAAGCGCAGUGAAGAACAGGGUCUCUACCCUCCUUUCCCCUCCGUGGCCAGUCUGGACUUCUCGCUGCUACAGGAUGAGGGCGAGUGGCUGCUGCUCUUCAACAGUGUCUUGCCCUUCCCGGAGCUGCUGAGCCAGCUGGCAGCCCUGGCCCCCACCACCCCGGGGCUCCACCUCCCUGCCCGCACAGAGACGGUGUGCAAGUUCCUGGUGCAGCUCAGCAUGGACUUCAGCUCCUACUACAACAGGGUGCACGUCCUGGGGGUGAGUACACGGCCGGGCAGGGGUGCAGAGGCAAGGCGUGGGGGCGGAGGGCGAGACCAGCCGGCCCCUUCUCCCGCAGGAGCCCCGGCCCCAUCUCUUCGGUCAGAUGUUUGCCCGGCUGCAGCUUCUGAGGGCCAUCCGCGAGGUGCUCCACGCGGGCCUGGCUCUGCUGGGCCUCCCUCCGCUGAGCCACAUCUGAGGCCCCAGGGCCUCCGAUCCGGGAAUGUUCACAGACUCAUGGACUGGAAAGCAAACAAAACCCCACACCUGUUGUUAACAGCCUGGAGCCACAAUAAAGAGUUUGUUAUCAAACUUUGUCCUGUUGUAGGUGGUUUGCGGGGACAGCCCUCUACUCACCUCUCGCUCCUGCUCUGA